UUUUUUUGAGUGGAGGGCAAAGUCAAAUUUAAAAACAAAGGAAAAAUAGAGAUGAUUUCGUAACAGGUCAAAGGAAUCAAUUCAAGACUCUUGAAUCCGAGUCUUCAAUGGCGGAAGCAAAAGAAGCGUCGCAAACUUCAGAACUCCCUCCUCCUCCUCCUGUGCAAUUCUUGGAAAUAACCUGCAAAAGCUCAGGGAUCGUACGGCGUUUUGCCCCAGGAACAAAGGCAGGUUUCGCCAUGUCUUUGAUCAAUAAUAAGUUGGAUGUUGGUACCCCUCUUGCUUUGUACAUUGAAGCUGUUAAAUCUGGGGAGGAGCCCGUUAGUUUCGGACCGAGCUCGGUUCUUCUAAGUUAUGGCAAUGGUUGGAAAUUGCAGACUGUUUUGGAUUCUCAACAAGGUAUCAAGAAACGAGAAGGUGCCCAGGCACCUAAGACUGAAGCAAAGAAGCGAGUUUCAGAGCCGGUAUUCGAUUUUCUGUAUGUUGGAAAGAUAGUUCUAGCCUUUCUUUUCAUAUUUUUGUUGGGUGGAAUUUUCACUCUAGCCCUUGAGAAUCUACCAAGCCUAAUGCUGUUAAUCAACUCAUCUUUGUGAUAUGUGACCUUUGUGCAACGUAGCAAAGAUAAUUCUACUGGAGAUAUUGUUUUUCUAAUUCAAUGGUACAUAAGAUGUGUAAAUACACGUGCAACUAGGUUACUUGUUUCUCUUGUAACUUGUAAGUAAAUGCCACUUUGCUUUUUCUAUUUCACAAUUAUUUUGCACUGUA